AUGAAUAAUAUGAAUAAUAAUAAUAACCAAUCACAGCAACAAAACUUGCAACAAAACUUUCAGCAUUCACAACUUCUACCACCUGUUUUAUUGUUAAACAAAGACCUUGAUAAUAUUGCAAAUGGUUGGAGUAAAAUAUGCCAAGAAAUUAAAGUUAAAUGGCGUGUUAAAUACAUUGAACCAACGCAAUAUACUCCUGCAAAUAUUACAUUUUUAUGUUUUCAACAUGAGAAAUGGAAUCAAUUAAAGAAUGAACAAGAAAAAAUUCAAUUUAUAAAAAAUUUAAUUGACAGGAUUAAUAAAUCAUCAAAAAGAUAUUUUAAAGUGUUCUUGUUAUUAUACAUUGAGAAUAAUAACCUAGAAAUUUUAUAUGAUAUACAAAUUAGGUUAUUGUCAAAUUUCAUAAAUAGUAUUAUGAUUAUGCCAGUUCAUAAUUCAAAUGAAUUAUUAAAUAUUUUAAAAUCAACCAAAAAUUUAAAAAAGAAUUGGGUUCAUUUAGUCUCUCAAAUGUCAGCAGGAACGAAUAAAUUGGAAUUACAUGAUUGUUACAUUUUACAAGAAUGUUUUCAAACGAUUUAUAAUAUUUCAAAUUCUACCAUGUCACAAUUAUUAGAUGCUUCAUUGGAUAAAGAUAUGUCUGAAAAUGUUCUCAAAUUCUUUGAAGAAGAUUUUAUUUCUUAA